UCGCAGACCGGUGUUCACUUAGAAUAUAUGGUGGGAAAGCGGCAAAAAUUAGUGAUUUACCAUAUCAGGUCGUUAUAAGGAGAGGAUCUCGGCUAGGUGAUAGAUGGGUUCUCUUGUGUGGUGGCUCGAUUAUAACUCACCUUUACGUUCUCACCGCUGCUCAUUGUUUUGAAAGAUCGAUCUUAAGGAGAUUGCGUUACAUAAGAGUGGUGGCUGGGGCAGAGCAUUCGGAGGCGUAUAUCCUUAAAAGGCCACAUAAAAUGGAAUUUUUAGAUUACAUGGAAAACGCAGAGUUGUGGCGAAAAGUUGAAUAUUGUUACAAACAUGCCUAUUACAAUCCUAGGUACAUAAUUCACGACUUCGCUGUGAUUGAAAUGGAUAAACCGGUUCACUAUAGUAAAAGCAUACAACCGAUACCGAUGAUGCGAAAUAAUUUAGGAAUUAAAUUCGAAGAAAACGGAUUGUGCCUAGUAUCUGGAUAUGGGCUUAUGGACUAUCGGCAGCCAUCUCCGACCCUGCGCAUGGUGUGUGUUCCUGUUGUUUCCACAGCAAGGUGCAAUCGGAUUUAUGGACGUGGUACCGUUAGGAGUUACCAAGUUUGUGCUGGUGAUAGGGGCAGAGACAGUUGUCAGGGUGACUCUGGUGGCCCCCUUACAUACCACGGUUACUUGAUAGGUAUAGUAUCAUAUGGGGGUCGAUGUGGAGAAGCACCGGGGGUCUAUUCACUAGUAUCGGCCUAUACAACCGGUGAGAACGUACCAUUUAUCAGAAACCGCUGUAUUCCAAUUACUUACAGCCCCUUAACCAUACUAUUAGUUUUAGUUUUUAUUUAUUUUGGCUAAGUCAUUGAUACUGGACCUAAAUUUUGAGACAUUUUUCCGCUGACAACGACUUU